AUGGGCCAGGAUGCCAAUAGCGGCCUUCACGGCAAGUCGGAGGCCAAUGAUACCCAACAUAGGCGCGGUUAUCAGGCCUGUGACCCGUGCCGCAAACGCAAGGUCAAGUGCGACUUAGGAAGUGUUGACAAUCCACGCCCUCCACCUUGUGUUCGGUGCCGUCGCGAAAGCAAACGAUGCGAAUUCUCAGCUACUCGCCGCAAGCGCAAGACAUCCGAUGCUGCAGAAGAAGAUGAAAUCGAGGCAGAGCCCAUUCUGCACCGCGACAAGCGGAUGAUGAUUGGCGAAGUGGCCAAGAAUGAGAGUUCCAGUGAGGCCGCUCCGUUUGCGCCUUCAGAAGCACCUCAAUUUGACCACGACCCUGUGCGUCCACAACGAUGGCCCGAGGCUCCCCCCGCACCUCAGCGGUACACGCCCAGUGCCCCAAUAUCACGAGCUCCCACCUACCCCGUCAGCGAGCGCAUGGUGCCACAGAGCUAUGGGGGUCCUCCGAUGAUGAACAGGACUGCGGUGGAGCUGCUGUCGCCAGCUAUUACAAACACUCACGACGCCUUGCAUCUACUUUCUGAAGCGGCAGGUAGGACCGAGGAUCUUAAUCGCCAAAGCCUUGAGAAUCGGUUCGCUGCACGGCGGUCUGUCUCCUCUUUCAACUCAGGGCCUUCGCCGCUACCCCAGGGCAGCUCGCCCCGAAGCCUAGGCGGGUCAUUUGCACGGACUCCUCGAUCAGGAAUGUCCAUGGGUGGGUCAACUUAUUACCCAGCUGGGGCUUCGGCGCCGGUAGAUCCUCAGAUUGUAGACAGUGGUCAUCAGGCGGAGAGUCCUGUCAAUAUGCCUCCGUCGGAAGCGGCAUAUACUGACGCAAUUCGAGCCUGGUCAAGGUUGCGGUUCGUCCGUGCCGGGUGGCUCACUGUGGAGGAAGGCAUGGAUUAUGUGGCGUACUAUUAUGAAAACCUAGCGCCCAUGAGCCCAGUCGUCAUCCCUGACUUCUCUCAUCUAUCUACCCACCGCACACUGCUCACUGAUGAGCCGGUGCUUGCGGUCACAAUUCUCACUAUCGCCUCAAGGCACCUCAAGCCUAAAGGCGAUGGCGCUACCACGCGGGCGUUCUAUAUCCACGACCGUCUCUGGGCAUACCUACGCAGCAUGAUCGAACGUCUCUUUUGGGGUCAAGAGAAAUUUGAUCCCGGAACGUCGGGCAUUGGUCGACCUCGGUCUCUGGACUUGGGUUCUCCAACAUCAGGGAAAAGCAGUGUGAACGGGCAGCUGAGAUCGCUGGGCACUGUAGAGGCCAUGCUACUUCUGACUGAGUGGCACCCAAGAAACCUGCACUUCCCACCGGGCGACGAUGAGAAUUCUCUUCUAGACACCGAUCCUCAGCCACAAAGUCGGGCUGACAAUCACCUGGAUCAUGAGACAGGCCAAAGAGGGUCCGAAGGGAGGUUUGCGUUCCAAAAAUGGCUGGAGCCAGCCUGGCGUUCAGACCGAAUGUCGUGGAUGCUUCUGAGCACAGCGCAAGCACUUGCAUUCGAACUUGGUGUCUUUGACCCCAAAGGAAAUGCCAAGGUAACCACAGAGUCUCUCGCUGAGCAGACACGCAAGCGUCGACUCCGUCGCUUAAUUCUCGUUUUCAUCACACACAGCAGUGGGCGUUUAGGCAUUCCUUCUAUGCUCCCACUGCCUCAAUGGGGACAAGAUAUUACGCCGACCUCUGCUGAUGCAAAAGAUGACGAAGCAAAUCUUGAUCGCAUGCAAGAUUGCUGGAUCAGUAUUUCUAAGAUCGUGUAUCAAGCCAAUCAUCUCCUCUUCGCAUCGAGUGAUCAGACUAUGGAGUUAAUCAGAAGCGGGAGAUAUCGUGAACAGAUAGACCGCUUCCAACCGUACCUACGGGAAUUCAGACAACAAAUCGACAGUGUUAACCUCUCUCCGGCCAUGCGAAGCGUUCUACUGAUUGAACUUGAGUACACACGUCUCUAUAUCAAUUCUCUCGCACUGCAAGCGGUUGUCGAUCGAUGGACCACAAUGUCCAAUGAAUCCGCUCAAACCAGUACCCGGCCAGGGCAAGGGCCCGCGAAUACCACCAACACCUGGUUCCAAACACUAAAUGAACUUUACCGCGUCAAUGAGCAUUAUAUCCAAGAGGUCAUCGAUUCCUCCCGCAAGAUUCUACAGACAGUCUUGGAUGGACUGGUCCCAGAAGGCCGCCUAAGACACGCGCCGAUUCGAACUUUCUUCCGUAUCUUGUCUGGCAUGAUCUUCAUCCUUAAGACAUUCACACUGGGCGCUCGAGAGGACGACGUCCGAGUCUCUCUCGACCUGCAGGAUCGAACAGUCGAAGCACUACGCAAUUAUGUGGUCGAUGACGUGCACCUUAGCAACACUGUAGCCCGACUACUCGAGCUCCUCACUAGCAGCAUUCGCACGCGUUUCCUGCGAUUCGCACCUCACGACCGAGGCGCAGAAGAUGGCCACGAUCGCCCCUCGGUCCCCAAUUCACGGCCCAACUCGCCAUCACGCGAAACUCGCCGCGAUGGCCCUGCUGUUCCCUGGUCCGCUAGCAAUGAUACCACAUCAGGCGGAGCGGGUCUCGGUUAUUUGGACACCAACGGUAUGGGAUCAGGUCAUGAUCCACUCGCGAGCAUUCCAGCGCAACCGAUCAAUUCCUCCAAUCUCAACGUCUCUUUUAUGCCUCCUCCACCAUCAGUCUAUCACAACUACUAUGAUUCGAAUGCGACAUUCCCGCCUGAGAUGGAUCGAUCAUCACCAAAUCAGGUUCCUUCUUCCCAGCCUAUGGACCACGGAUCCACGGGAGCACUUCCCGAUUGGUUCGCCCUCCCUCUCGAUCAAUUCUUCAAUUCCUCCACCGGUGUGGUUGACCAGGGACUUGGAGGCACUGGGCCUAUGCUUGGUGAGUUUGAUAUGCUUGAAGUUCUUCUCAACGAAGGCUAUGAUGGGAACGGGGCUACCGAGGAGAAUGCGGGGCUCUCCUCUCAAUAUCUGUGA